AUGCAGCCACCACCGCGAAAAGGGAACUACACCAAGUUCCUGAAGAACCUGCACACCGAGCAGCUGGCCAAGCUAGCGCUCAAGAACCAGAAUGAGUGCGAACUGCUGGAGGACAUCCGCCAGUUCACGCUCAAGCGGUCGGCCAUCGAGAAGUCGUACAGCGAGGCCCUGCUGAAGAUCUCGUCGGCCUAUCUGAACAAAAAGCAAGCCUGCAUCCCGGAGAUCAAAAUGGACGGCGCGGACGAGAAAUGGAACAUGUGGAGCGUGUGGCAGACGGUGCUGGAGGAGAACGAGAAGCUCGCCCGGGCCCGGCUUGCGGCGGUGGAGGUGUUCCAGCAGCAGAUCGCCGACGAGGCGAAGGUGCUGCGUAGCACCAAGCUCAACAGCAGCAAGCGGUGCAUCGAGCAGCUGUCGGUGGUGCAGAAGGAGCUCCAGAACUCGGUGCAGGACGUGGACAAGACGAAGAAGAUCUACUUCGACGAGGAGCACAGUGCGCACGACGUGCGCGACAAGGCGCGCGACAUCGAGGAGAAGCUGAAGAAGAAGAAGGGCUCGUUCUUCCAGUCGAUCACGUCGCUGCAGAAGAACAGUGCCCGGGUGACGUCGCGCAAGGAGCAGCUGGAGGAGAAGUCGACCGGCGCCCGGAACGACUACAUCCUCGGGCUGGCGGCGGCCAACGCGCACCAGAACCGCUACUUCACCAUCGACCUGCAGACGACGAUGGCCACGAUGGAGAACUACGUGUACGAGCGGGUGGCCGACUACCUGGCGCUGAUCGGGCGCACGGAGCUGCUGACGUGCUCGGCCACGCAGAACUCGUUCGGCAAGAUCCGCGACCAGGCGCAGCAGUUGACGCGCGAGUACAACCUGCAGUGCUGCUACCUGUACUACCCGGUGCUGAAGCAGCACAUCCAGUACGAGUACGAACCGUGCGACAACGACCAGGUGACGAAGAUUACGGCCGACCACGACUCGGCGGCGGAGACGCUGAGCCGCGAGGGCAAACGGUGGGCCGGCCGGGUGGCCCGCGAGAGCAACCUCGUCCGCGAGUGUGCCCGCAAGCUGGCGGUGUGUACGGCGCUGCGCGAGGCCGGCCACCGGAACGACCCGAACGACCAGAACGGGCCGGACCUGGAGACGAAGAUCGACGAGUUCCGCGAGACGAUCCGCCGGUCGGAGAUUGCGAAGGCGAAGGCGGAAGCGCGCCUCGAGUGUCUGCGCAUCGGCGGCAUCAACGUGGACGAGUGGAUCCAGGAGGCGGAAACGCUCAGCGUGCAGGAGAUGCCCCGUUCGGCCAGCUCCCUCUCGAUGCGUACCGAUGCUUCCGGCCAAGGGGAGAAUCCCAGUUCCGACUCGUUCUACGACAGUGACAACGCCGAGCAGGACCAACCGGUGUCGGAGUCGUCGCCGGCACCGAAACAGCCGGAACCACCGGUGGACGAGUUCGUGGCCGACAGUGACGACGAUGAGGGUAAGGGCCAACGGGCCAAAACAAACGCGGGGUUCGAAGCCGAAGCUAAGCAAAGCCUUUUCCCUGCAGACUUUGGUUUGGUGGAACAGGAGCGGCAAAAGAUCGAGCAAAUAUCGCACGGUUGGGACGAUCCGGUCAACGUGGACUGGGGUGCAGAGGAGGCGGCAGCGGCUGCGGCCAGUGGUAGCACCAGUGGGGCGGUCGAGUCGGUGCCAUCCAGCGCCCAGCAGCCCCGUAGCGCGGCCCAAACGUUCAAGUGUACCGCGCUUUACUCGUACACCGCGCAGAACCCGGACGAGCUGACGAUCGUCGAGAGCGAACAGCUGGAGGUGGUCGGCGAAGGGGACGGCGAUGGGUGGCUGCGGGCGCGGAACUACCGCGGCGAGGAGGGCUUCGUGCCGCACAACUACCUGGACGUCGAGCGGGACACCCCGGUGGACACGCACACCGGUGGUCCCGCCCAGCUGACGUCGCAAAUUUCGUUCUCCUCCGUCGACUACACCGUCGACAACGAGGACCAGGACCACAUGCAGGACUCGGGUCAGUCGCCAGACCAGAUCUCGGUCAUAUCGGCACCGCGCAAGCUCAACACCCAACUGUACUGCGUGGCGCUGUACGACUACGAUGCCACCGCCGAGGACGAGCUGACCUUCGAGGAGGCCCAGAUAAUCAAGCUGAUCACCAAGAGCCCCCACGGUGUGGACGAUGGCUGGUGGGAGGGUGAGCUGAUGGGCAAGAUCGGCAACUUCCCAUCGCUGGUGGUGGAAGAGUGCGACGAGAACGGGGAGCCGCUUACCGAUGCCGAGGAUGAGUCGCCGCCACCGUCGGCACCGCCAACGUUUGCCGCACCGGCCCCACCGCCGCCGAUGAUACUUCACGAAGCAACACCACCGGAAGGUGAAAGUCCAAACUUGGCCAACUCGGGACCAGCGAUCGAUAGGUUUGAGUUUGAGCUGAACAACGUCCAGCACGAGCAGUACGGGACCCAGUUUUCAGCUCCGCCACCGUCGCAGCCACCACCGGUUGUGAUCUGUGAGGAUCCGGAGGCCGAGGAAGCAGCCACUAUCGAGGAGGAAUCUCAGCGGCAAGGCGCAGCGACCGCUACCGCAGCAGCUACUGCUAGUGGCGACAGCAAUCAGCUGAACUUUGCUCAGAUCAUCGUGACGGCCGCCACGCCCAUGCACGAGGACGCGAACAAGAAGUUCGACCCCUCAGCCGCCGGCGAGCAGCCGGCCGAACGUGGGACGGACUCCGAAACCGAGGCGGAAGUCGUCGAAAAGCAGGAGCAAGAGAAGCAGGAGCGAAGCAGUAAGAAAAAAUCUCAGGACGUACCAGAAGUCAACCAGUCGCCGGUGACGUCACCGCCCGAGAAGGCUUCCUCGCCGCCGAAACCACCGAAGGCGGCGACCCCACCAAAACCGGCCAAACCUCCGUCGCCACCGAAGCCGGCCCCGCCCAAGGGAACCCCGGAGAAGCCGGCCACGGCACCGAAGCCCACGAACGUGACGGCAAAGGUGGCCAAAAAACCGGAACGCACCCGAAUCCCGGAGCCCGAACCGGAGCCGGAGCUGGUGGAAUCGUCGGCCGGACCGGUCGUCCCGAUCGAGGACCCGGUCGCACCGUUCGAGGCAACGUUCGAGGCGAACUUUGAGGCGAACUUUGCGGUCAACUUUGACGACGCGUUCGGUGGCAGCCAACCGGAAGUUCCGAAGCAGGUGGUCGGCGGCCGGGCCAGCAUACCGGAGGAGCUGGAACCGCACCAGCUAGCGCGGCUACAGAACUUGAAGGAAUCGAACGCAUAA